AUGAAAGUACAAGCUAAAGAUACAGCACCAGAGAGCGAGGAACAAAAAUUCAAACAAAAAUGUAAAGAAUUGAAAAAGCGAGUAAUCGAGAUUGAAGAAAGCAAUGAAAUUGCAACAUUGGCUUUAUCCCGAACUCAAGCAGCCAUACGUCGUUUACGAUUGGAAUAUGUGAUAUUAUUAGAACGAUUAGAAGAAAGAGCUACUCUGUUACCGGAAGGAAUUGUCGGAUUUGAAGAAAUGGCAUGUCCUCCUACCCCCAGUGUUUUGGAUGAAACCUUGACCAAAAAGAAUGGAUUGGCCAAAAAACAAAUCAAGAGGAAACCGGCCUCCUCGUCGGCAGAAUCCGCACCAACUCCAAAAGUUGCCAAGGUUAGAGAUCCAGAUUUACCUAAACGUCCUACAAAUGCAUAUUUAAUAUUCUGUGAAAUGGAAAAGGAACGAAUUAAACAAGAAAAUGAAGAAAAGAACCCUGGCGUAACCAACGAUUUAAGCAAGAGUAUGACAGAAGCUUGGAAGUUGUUGAACGAAGAAGAUAGAAAACCUUAUUACAAGUUGUAUGAAGAUGACAGAGACAGAUAUCAACGUGAAAUGGCCAUAUAUAAUCAAAAGAAACAAGGAACGGAAGAAGUGGAGGAACCUGAAGCAAAAAGGCAGAAGUUAGAUACUGAAACACCAGAAGUAGACAGCGAAGUACCGGAACCUGUCGAGGAAGUAGCAGCCCCAGUAGAAGAAGCCGCAACUCCAAUCGUCAAAGAUGAACCAGAAACUGAUCCUGUGCAAGAAGAGGAGGACAUCAAAGAAGAGGAAGAAACUCCUAAAAUUAUAACUGAAUAG